AAACUUGAGUCAAUCCCACAGUGAAAGACAGUGUCAUGCCAACAAAUCAUGAAGAUAUAAAACCGGUGUUAGUACCUCCGUUGAACUUUUCACUUGUGGAAGACACAAUCUAUCGGCUGGGAUUCCCCAUGCCUAUAAACUACCCCUUUCUUAACACAUUAAAACUAAAGACGAUCAUAUAUUUGGGCGACUUGGGCCAUGAGAAGAAGGAAAAGAAGAAAGAUAAGCACGGCACGGGUGAGAUCAUGCAGAAUUACCAAGAUUGGUUGAAUACUACCGAUAUAACAUUCCAUAACUUGUUGGUGGAGUCCCUGCAGGAGCCGUUCAAUAAGCGAGAAGAACACGAGCAGACGAUAAAGAGUUUGACGAUCGCAUUACAGUUAAUGUUGAACAAGGAGAAUUUCCCCAUGUUGAUACAUCUGAACAAGGGGAAGCACCGCACGGGGUUGGUAGUUGGGCUAAUGAGGAAGUUGCUCCAGGGUUGGUGUCUUAGUGGGAUCUUUGAAGAAUAUGAGAAAUUUGCCAUGGGUAAAUCGGAAUACGACUUAGAGUUGAUUGAAUUAUGGCAGCCAGAGUUGUACGUUGAUGAUACAAAUAAACCUGAAUUUGUGCGCAUAUAAAAAACUAGAAAUUAUUCUUCAUUUCACGAAGUUUGGUAAUCACGUCACUGGCCUUGGUUAAGCCGGUGGCCUUUUGAACUUGUGGAUCUGUCAACAUCAUAAAUGGAUUGAACUUUAAUUCAUCGGCAAUAGUGAAUUUCCCCGUGGUGAAUUCAUUCUCAUUAGCAAACUUUUCCAAACUAGCGAUAGCAUCAUUAUUCAACACCGUCUUGGAAAACUUAACAUUAGACUUUGUAUAUUCAUGUCCAGGAAACACUCUUGUGUCUUUGGGUAAAUGGGCCAAUACUCCGUUCAAGGCAUGGUCCAUUUGCACACCGUCCCCCUCAAAGAAUCUCCCACAUCCACUAAUAAACAAGGUAUCACCAGUAAACACCGCUUUUUCCUUUGUCUCUUUAUCUUCAACGUAAUAACAAAUAGAAUCUUGCGUGUGGCAUGGAGUAUACAACGCAGUAACUUGAACAUUCUCACCAAGGUCGAUGACUUCGCCAUGGAGAGGUGUAUAAGUAACUAGAGGAGAAUCACGCCCAGCAAUCACAGGCAAUCCGGGGAAUUGCUUAUGGUAGUGCUUGUUACCAUCAGAAUGGUCAUAGUGAUGGUGAGUGUUGACAAUUGCCUUGAGUUCAAACUCUGUCUUGUUUGUGUCGAGAUACUUGGAAAUGUCUUCGGGUUGGGCAGGAUCAAUUAUCCAGGCAUGUUUGGUGGGGGUGUCGAUAAUGAGGUAGGCAUAGUUGUCACCACGACCCCAGCGCAUAGGAAUUGAUUUGAUUUGCAUGUUUCGGAUGAAUUGUCUAAACAUAAACUGGACGUCGAUUGACAGCUAAAGAGAAAGUGUGGAGGGGGGUUGCGUUUUCCGUAAAGGAAAUUUGCAUAUCCACCGCACCACCCUCCCCAAUUAAUUUUUCUCGAUUACUAAGACGGUUGCUGCCCACUUACCCUCCCAGUUUUGCUACAUUAAUUUUUAUUAGUAACAUAAACAUUUCUAGAUACAGAGUGGUAUUGCUUGUUACUUUAUUGGCUUUUACUUUAUGAAAUUACUCUCAACUAUUCCUCCCACUUCUUUGCUUCCAUUCCCUCGGGAGGAUAAGUUUCAAACUCCUUAUCCUUAGCUUCAUCCCAACUGGUAGUCAACACCGUACCGUUACUUUGAAUAUAUGACUUCAUCAUGGCUCUUCUCGUAUCAUCAUCGACAUCCUUAAACAACUUCCCAAAGAAACCCUGAGGAUCGUCAUUGUCAACUUCGUCAUCGCCAACUUUAAACUUAUUCCAAUCAACCUUCUUCUUGGAACUCGAUGGGUACUCAGUUGCAUCUUCAGCUUCGUCAGCUUCUUCAGCUUCGCGUUCCAAUCCGUGCCACUUUUCAUGAGCCUUCUUCUUGAGGUAUAUUUCAAGCUUGGUAGAAAACACUUUGAAGCUUGAAGCUUCGGGAUCUAUGUCGGCAAACAAUGGGUCUAAAUUGUAAUUGUAUUCCGAACUGGCACUGCUGGGGAAGGAAAUCGAUACAGAGUUUGGUGUGAAAUGGAUGUUGAGCUUGUCUGAUGGAACAUUCUUGGCGUAAAUUGUGAUGAUAACUUCUUCAUUCAGUUGGUACCAGUCUUCUCUGAUUUUGAUAUUCAAUGGCGCGAGUUUGUUAAUCACGUCGAUAUUGGUAGACUUGGUGCCUUCGGUAACUGUAGGAGCUGGUGCAGGCUCUUCCUCCUCUUCAAUGUCAUCUUCUGGUUCAGAAUCACUCUGUUCCUCAGGAUGAUUUUUCACUUCAUACUGUAAUUUAUCUAACCAGACAGACACACUCUUUUCCAAACAGUCAUACUCCUUGGCCUUUUGCAUUUGUCCCAAGGCCAAUUUGUACUUGUGCUCAGCAUAGUAAACUAAACUUAAUUUGAAGUAACACAACCCAAGAUCAUUCCGUUUCCCUCGUUCUUGGGCAAUUGUGAAUGCACUGGAAAUGUCCUCCUUAGCCUUAUCGAAAUUCUUCAACUUCAAGUAUGAGGAAGACCGCUUUAGAAGUGCCUUGAAUGUUUUGGGAUUCUCAUUCAAUGCCACGGUAUAGUGAUGAAUCGCGGUUAGAUGAUCCUUAUUGGAUGAUGCCUCGUCACCCUUUUUGAUUUCAAUUUCAAUGGCCAUACUCCUAUGUGUGUGUUGGUUGCAGAAGAGAACAACAAAGAAAGUU